AUGAAUUAUCAAAAUUCAUCUGACGGUUUUGUUUUACCAUACAGUAAUAAUCUUGCCACUGAAUCAUAUAACACAGCUUCGCUACGAACUGCAAGAAGGCGUGUCAUGGCAUACGCUGAUAAUUUUUCUUUUUCGGGGACAAUGCCAAAUCACGAGAUAAAUCCAUUGUCUUCUGUAUCGUCGCAUGUUACAACACAUAAACAUAUAUAUAGUGUGGACAAUGAUUCAAGGAUAAAUUCUCAUACAAGUCUUGCAAGCACUCUUGCACAUGAAAUUUCUACCCUUAAUAGCGACUCUCCUUUACUUGAUCCUUCUAGUCCUAAUCCUGAUAACAACAAUGUUAUACAUGACACUAAUUCCCCUUUAUUUUCUCCUUCCGUUCGUUCCUCUCGUCAAUUUACUCACAUUCAUAAAAAGAGGUUAUCAAGAACUAUGCAACAUAUUUCCUCUUUUAUAAAACUUACCGUAAAUAUUUCUCCAUCUAUAUCAUUUCCUGUUACUAUUGAAAAAACAUAUACAGUAGAAAGGUUGGCCAGACAAAUCGAGGCUGAAUAUGCUUUUAAAUAUGGUGGUAUUGAAGAAAGAUCUAUUCAUGAACCUCUUGAAGUAGGUUUACUUUAUGAUGUUAGUAUGGUUGCAUUGCGAUUUCGCGAUCUCGUAGGUGAUGUUUUAGAACAUGGUGAUAUUGUUAAUGCACUUAAUGUUUAUGAAGGUUGUAGUCGAUGUUCUAAUGGUAUUGAAUAUACUGAUCUUGACUUUGAAUUCCAAGAUUUUGAUCUUGGUCUUGACAAAGAUUUUAUGUUGAAUAAAUGUAGAGAAAGUCGCAGAUUCAGCUUACCAAUUAUUUCUAACAAUGAUAGUUUACAGAACAAUGAUACCUCCGUUCCUUUAAGUCAAACUACUCCCAUAUCUGACCCUCAUCUUUCAUUAAGUCCAUUGCCCAUUUCACAAAGUUCUCAAUCUAAUUUUAGAUCUAUCCUUUCUAAUGUGCUUGCUUUAAAUUAUUUUCAAAAAUUCUCUAUUCGAGAAUUUUCCGUUGAAAAUUUGUUAUUUUGGCUUGACAUUGAACUUUUCGCUGCUGGAACUUGUGAAAUAGAAGAUAAUUACUUUGAAGAUCAACAAAGUGCCAUUAUUCAUGCAAAAUAUAUCUAUUUAACUUAUAUAGGAACAAAUGCCCCUUUACAAGUUAAUCUUAGUGAUGAAAUAAGGAAAGAUAUUACUUGGCCAUUGGAUGAUGAUUGUAUAGUAGAAAGAAAUAUGUUUGAUGAAGCUCAAGAAGCUGUUUAUCAAUUAAUGAAAGGUCAUUCUUUUACGCGUUUUGAAUCAAGUCCUGAAUGGAAAGAAUGUGAAAAGAUAAAAAUGGAUGACUCUAAAGAAUAUGAAGACCGUGAAAUGACUGAACCACUUGGUCGUUAUUUCCAUCCAAAUAUGUCAUUAAUGCUCGCAAUCACCAUGGCACUUGAUGAUAAUUGCAAUCCUGCUCCAACUUCUCAUCAUUAUAAAGAACAAACUUUACAUUCCAUUCUUUCUCAAUAUUUUCCAGAGACUAUCCUUCUUGAUAACAAUGGAAAAAGAAGAAGUCAAAAUAUUACUGAUAAAAAUUCAAGUGAAACUGUAUCUUUAAAUGGUUAUUUUGAUAGUGAAAAUAGAAUGACCAAUGCUCAAAAAAUGAGAAAAAUUAAAAAAGAGCGAAAACUUCGUUGGGUAUUUGGUGAAAAGAUUGGAAGAAUCAAAGAUCAGCCUGUAGUUUUACCAGGUGAAUUCAGAUAUGGUGAUGGAAAAUUAAGAUUUGACGAUGAGGAUCAUGAUGCGAUGAGCAUGUUUUCCAAUGAUUCUGAAAGUAGAAAAUUUGCUAAAGAAAUAUGGAUUAAGAAAAAAAGAAAAGAUAAACUGGAAUUUAUAUUAGGUCGUGGAUUAAAAGAUAGAAAUAGUUUCAAAGAUUCUUUACCAAGAUCUCUUGAUAAUAAUGUUACACCUAAUAAUAACGAUCGUAAUAACAUCCAUUCAUUCUCAUUGAAUGUAUUAAGUCCUGAUGAUCGAAGGAGAAUGGUUAAAAAGAAUAAAAAAUUACAAGUAAUGCUUGGUGAGGCUUUGGAUGAAAACAUGAUUCGUCAAACUAUAACCAUUCCAGCUACACAAUCUCCAAGUUUAUUAUGGAAUAAUAAAAAUAGAUUUAAUAGCGAUGUUGGAUUAUCAAAUAAACCUCAUCUUAUUCGUAGGGCCUCUGAUUCAAUGAUUAUAUCCCCAUUACCUUCACCAAACAAUAUCAUAACUCCACCAACAACUCCUCCAACUUAUUCAGAUGAAAACGAUGAUCAAAAUUGUAUCAAACAUCAACCCUCAAAUUCUGUCACUUCUUUCACAAAUUCAAAACAUUCUCAUUUAACUGCCGCUAAUAAAGACACUAAGGAAUAUCGAAGAAAGAAAUUACAAAAACUUUAUAAUUUUCUGGGUGAACACGUUCCUAUUGAUAUUGUAUUGGGUGAAAAAGAUAAUUAUAAGACCUCAUUACUUCCAGAUCCAUUACCGGAUCCCCCUAAACGAAAGUCUAAAGGAAGACCAAAUUCUUUAUCAUUUACCUCGAAAAAGAAUUCAUCAAAUAGUAAUAUUGAUGCUCAAGCAACAUUAACCCUUCCAAGGUUAUCUGCUGUAGAUAGAAAACGUCAUCUUCACAGAGCAAUUAAGUUAGAAAAAUUGUUUGGGGAAGCUCCUCCUCAAGAUCUAAUAUUUCAGAAUUUACGUUCCAGAAACUUUACUGAUUCAAUAUCAUCCAUUGACAUUCAUCGUAGAAGUAUAAUGUCUCUUGAAUAUUUAAUGGAAAAUGAUAGAAAUGCUAUGUAUGAUCUCAUCGAUUACAUGGCAGAUAGUGAUGGUGAAAAUAAUGAUGAUGACUACGAGGAGGAAUUUGUUGCUCCAUUAUCUGCUCCUGUAACUCCUAAUCCUAGUAGUUCAUUGAAAUUUGAUUUACCUCAAAUAGAUCAGAAACAAGCAAAAUUGAAGGGAAUCCGUAAAUUGUCUCACUUCUUUGGUGCAACUUAUGGACAAAUGUUUCCUGAUCAAGUCCUUGGUGAAUUAUUAGGAGAUCUUGAAAGAGAAAUUAGAGAAGAGGCUCGACAAAAUGAGGAAGUUGAUAAAGCCGUUGUUGCAGGAUUAAUGGGUCAAUUAGAAGAAUUAAGAGCAAAAAGUGGUGAAUUAGGACCAAAUUCAGACGAUGAGAAUAUUACUGAAGAAUUAUCUUUGACAGAUAAUGAAUCGGAUGAGAUACAUAAGAGAUUAGAACUAAACCGUAAAAAGAGAGAUCUUAAACCACAAAGUGUACUUUAA